AAAUGAGCGGAAUUAAAAUAAAUGGAAACCUGAAUGAAGGAGGAAAUGAUGAGUUAAAAAAUGGGUGUCUUGAAAUUAACAAAAUGGAGAAAAAGGUUGGACAUUUAGGAAUGGAUAGUGAAGGAAAUGCGGUUGUAGUAAAUGGAAUGGAAAAAAAUAAUGGAAAUGGAAUGGAGAAGUGUAAUGAAACAUUAAUUGAGGAAAAUGUGACAAUGAACAUGAAAGAAGGAGAAAAAUCAAUUUUUAAGAAAUUUGUCAACGGAAGUUUCUUGAAAGUUCCUCGAAAAUAUCCCGAACCAGUUCAGUUCAUAUUCGUCCUAAUGUUCAGUAUCUGUAUCGUUCCUACCAGCAAGAUAUAUAUUGACAAGGUGUGUAGAAUAGAGUUGCAGGACUUCCUGGAGUCCAAGAACUUGACAACCACUGUAUGCAACCUCAUGCUCAGGUACAAACACAGAGAAUAUAUACCAACAGAGUUACUUCAUGCUCAGGUAUAAACACAGAGAGUAUAU